GUUCAUAGUUCACCAAGAGGUAUUUAGGUCGGCGGGCGCCGCAGCCAUACGAAUGUCCGGUUCAGAAUUUUGAGCUCUGAAUAGAAGCCAUGUCGUCUGAAAGGGCGAUGAAGACAGGGUCCGCCUGCCCCCCUCCCCCCGGACCAGGUAAACUCCGUCUGUACAGUAUGAGGUUCUGUCCGUACGCACAGCGGACUCGCCUGUUCCUCGCUGCCAAGGGAAUAGAGUACGAAACCAUCAACAUCCACCUGAGAGAGAAACCAGAGUGGUUCCUUGAGAAGACCCCGCUAGGCAAGGUACCUGUACUGGAGAAGGAUGGGAAGAUAGUGUACGAGUCUCUGGUCUGUAACGAGUACCUGGACGGGAUCUACCCGGACAAACGUGUAACUCCCAGCGACCCUCUGGAGAAGGCACGUCAGAGCAUGGUUCUGGCCUUGUUUGAUGCAAAGGUGAUUAGUCCCUACUACAAGUUGGUGCUUGGGAAGGAAGACGAGCGUCCAGCUAUGGCCAAGCAGUAUGUGGAUGGAUUGCAGUUCAUCGAGAACGCCCUGACACAACCGUUCUUCUCCGGGGACAAGGCCGGCGCGCUGGACUACAACCUCUGGCCGUGGUUGGAGCGACUACCCAUGUUGAAGUCCAGCGGUGUGGAGCUCUCUGUGGACAAGUUUCCUAAGCUUACCGCCUGGAUGAAGCGAAUGUUGGAGCUGCCUGAAGUCAAGGCUUGCUCCUUCUCUCCCGAAGUUCAUAUCCAGUACGGGAAAACGCUAAUGUCAGGCAAUUCUUAUUACGACAUGGGCUUGGAGUGACAGCGCUGUACGUGCAGUUGCUGAUGUUGUCCUCGUGCCAUGCAUUUCUUCUAAAAAAUGUAGACUUUAAAUAAUCUUUAUUGCAAACUCAUGCCCAAAGGCUAAUUGCAAAAAUACAUGUAUGAAAGUACAAUGAUGAUAGUGAUACAAUAACAAAGUGGACAUUACUUGAAAUAGGGGUCAUCAACUAGUGAUACUUCUAAUCUAAAAUGAAUACUAUUGGGUUUGAUUUCUUUUCUGUAUACAGUGGAGAAUAAAAUUCCCGACAUUUUGGGAGACAUAUGCAUUGGGUGUUGCUAACAGGAAGACAGUAUUUUGUAGUUUGGUGCGAUGUGCGAAGCUGGGAAAAAUUUUAAAGGCAGAAGUACCGUACCGGUACCCAUCCCUAAUUAUAAUCUUUGCGUGAUAAUCUUUCGUUGUCAGUGCGAACACUUUAAAAUCCAGGUCAUGGGCUCCUGGGAAUUAAGCUUUGAAUUUUUCACUAUUUUGUGACAUAUCGUUCAUUGUUAUAUAAUCUGAGGGCGGUUAUACCAGCCAUACUGAUACAUAUUAUUAAUGCCUGAUUCAAAUGAAAAAUCUAUUCCCUCAUGACCUCUAUGAAAAGCGGCCUGCAUGCCUAUUUGAGCUUCUCAUGAAUAAACAAAGGUUCAAACAAAAAUGAUCGACCAUUGACAAAGCCAUGAUAUUUUAGGAAAGAUUGUAAUUAAUUCUUUAACAAUAUCUUAUUAUGACCCCACAUGUGUACAGGCCACUUAUCAUUGUUGU